AUGCCACACUCACACAUGGAUGAGUGCAAGCCGUUGAUGGCAAUGCUGGUCUUCAACCUCAUCUCUGCUGUGCUGACAGCGCUGGUGAAGAAGGCGCUGGAGCAAGGGCUCAACGCCCUGGUCCUCAUCACUCUUCGCCAGUUGGUCGCUACUCUCUUCCUAGCGCCAAUAGCCUACUUCAAAGAACGGAACACAAGGCCUAAGUUCACGCUAGAGAUCUUUGUGUACCACUUCUUCAGUGCAGCGCUUGGUGCUUCCCUCUCGCACUACAGCUUCUUCUACGGGCUCAAGUUCACGACUGCGACGUUUGCCAUAACAUUUGCCAACGUGGCUCCUGUCCUCACCUUCCUCAUUGCCAUAGCUCUACGGGUGGAGUCGCUCAACAUGAAGAGCAAAGCAGGGUGUGCAAAGAUCCUCGGGACGCUCAUGUCGCUCGGAGGAAUGCUGCUGCUGAGCCUCUACAAGGGUGUGGCCGUGACACACCAGAGCAGUGGCACUCCUCCUGCUGCUGCUUCCUCUCAGCAAGUACAAGUAGAAGCAGGCAACGACGACAAGAAGAUUUGGAUGCUGACUGUAGCGUUACUGGCAAACUGCCUCUUCUUCUCCCUGUGGCUUCUGCUGCAAAGCAGGCUGACGAAGAAGUACCCGGCCCUCUACUCCAGCACCGCCUUCAUGUUCUUCAUCAGCACGCUGCAGGCAGGAGCACUGAUGGUGACGAUAGAGAGGCACGCAUCGGUUUGGAUCAUCACAAAGAAGCUGGAGAUCGUCACAAUAUUGUAUUCGGUAAGAUAUAUCAUCUGA